GAGAGAGAGGGGAGGGAAAAAAAAGAGGAGGGGAGGAGGAGGAGGAUUCAGAUUCAGAUUCAGGGAGUAGGAGCUGGGGAAGCCUUCUGCGCUACAGAAAAUUUCCAAAGAUUUGGUGAAGAUUGGAAAGCUGUCAGAAGACUAUAGCACUGCUAUGUAGUAAGUCUUCAAAAACAAGUGUCUUUGCUGUUUUUCCAGUAGCUCAGUUGAAGAACUCAGGUGGUCUCUGAUUCUUGAUUCUUCUUUAUUUGUUAUCUGCCAACCAAGAUCUGUGUUUGGAAACCUCUGCUGACCUGAGACUGACGUCAUAUUUGAACCAUAAUAGGAGCAUGUGUUUUCAAGUGUCAGUCGAAUUUGUGGAUCAGUAAAGUCCUAUUGAAAGGUGACACUGUCCACUUGCCACAAUGUAUCACUCUUUAUCUGAAACGAGACAUCCUCUGCAGCCAGAAGAACAAGAAGUGGGCAUUGACCCAUUGUCAAGUUACUCAAGCAAGUCUGGAGGAGACUCAAAUAAAAAUGGAAGAAGAACAAGUUCAACUUUAGAUUCUGAUGGAACGUUUAAUUCCUACAGGAAAGAAUGGGAAGAACUAUUUGUAAACAACAAUUACUUGGCAACAAUAAGGCAGAAGGGGAUUAAUGGGCAGCUGAGAAGCAGCAGGUUCCGCAGCAUUUGCUGGAAGCUAUUUCUUUGUGUUCUUCCUCAAGAUAAAAGUCAGUGGAUCAGUAGAAUUAAAGAAUUAAGAGCAUGGUAUAGCAGCGUUAAAGAAAUUCAUAUCACCAACCCAAGGAAGGUUGUUGGCCAGCAAGACUUGAUGAUCAAUAAUCCCCUUUCACAGGAUGAAGGGAGUCUUUGGAACAAAUUCUUCCAAGAUAAAGAACUACGAACAAUGAUUGAACAGGAUGUCAAAAGAACGUUUCCUGAAAUGCAGUUUUUCCAACAAGAAAAUGUGAGAAAAAUUCUUACAGAUGUUCUUUUCUGUUAUGCUAGAGAAAACGAGCAGUUGCUUUAUAAACAGGGCAUGCAUGAGCUCUUAGCUCCCAUCGUCUUUAUCCUCCACUGUGACCACCAAGCAUUUCUUCAUGCCUGUGAGUCUGCACAACCAAGGCAAGAAAUGAAAACUCUUUUGAACCCUGAAUAUCUGGAACAUGAUGCCUAUGCAAUGUUCUCACAACUUAUGGAAACUGCAGAACCUUGGUUUUCAACUUUUGAGCAUGAUGGUCAAAAGGGGAAAGACACACUGAUGACUCCCAUUCCCUUCGCUCGGCCACAGGACUUAGGGCCGACAAUUGCUAUCGUGACUAAAGUCAACCAGAUCCAGGAUCAGCUCCUGAAGAAGCACGAUAUCGAGCUCUACAUGCACUUGAACAGACUGGAAAUUGCACCACAGAUAUAUGGGUUGCGGUGGGUCAGGCUACUGUUCGGACGAGAGUUUCCUCUGCAGGAUCUUCUGGUGGUCUGGGAUGCCCUGUUUGCAGACGGCCUCAGCCUGAGUCUAGUCGACUAUAUUUUCAUAGCCAUGUUACUCUACAUCCGAGAUGCUUUGAUCUCUAGUAACUACCAGACCUGUCUUGGCCUUCUGAUGCAUUACCCAGUCAUCGGAGAUGUGCAUUCACUGAUUCUGAAGGCUCUCUUCCUGCGUGACCCCAAGAGAAAUCCAAGACCAGUGACUUAUCAGUUUCAUCCAAAUUUAGAUUAUUACAAAGCACGGGGCGCAGACCUUAUGAAUAAAAGCCGGACCAAUGCCAAAGGUGCUCCCCUGAAUAUAAAUAAGGUCUCCAAUAGCCUGAUUAAUUUUGGAAGAAAGUUGAUUUCUCCUGCAACGGCCCCAGGCAGUACCAGCGGCCCUGUUCCUGGGGGCAAUAGCAGCAGCGGCAGCUCCACCCCUGCUGUGGGGCCCCCCAGGACCCUAGCGGAAACCCCCAGGCAUCAUUUGCAGCAGCAGCAGCAGCAGCAGCAGCGGCUGAUGAAAUCGGAAAGUAUGCCGGUGCAGUUGAACAAAGGCGAAGUAGUUACAGGAAGUGAUGCUCAGGUUUCUGUUCCUGUCCAGACUCUCACUGACCUCCAAGGACAAAGUUCUAAAAACAUCAGUUCAUCUCCAAGUAUUGAGAGUUUGCCUGGAGGAAGAGAAUUCACUGGUUCUCCGCCUUCCUCUGCUACGAAGAAGGAUUCCUUUUUCAGCAACAUCUCUCGUUCCCGGUCACAGAGCAAAACUAUGGGCAGAAAAGAAUCUGAAGAGGAACUAGAAGCCCAAAUUUCCUUCCUUCAAGGACAGUUAAAUGACUUGGACGCCAUGUGCAAAUACUGCGCGAAGGUGAUGGAUACACAUCUCGGAACUAUUCAAGAUGUGAUACUACAAGAAAAUUUGGAGAAAGAAGACCAGAUUCUGGUUUCCCUGGCAGGGUUAAAACAGAUCAAAGACAUUCUGAAAGGUUCCCUGCGUUUCAACCAGAGCCAGCUGGAAGCCGAGGAGAACGAGCAGAUCACCAUCGCCGACGACCACUACUGCUCCAGCGGCCAAGGCCGGGGUCCCCGCGCGCCCGGGGCCGAGGAGCAGGCCCCUUCGGAAGCACCCGGGCUCAGCGACCGAGGAAGCGCCGAUGGCUUCAUCCUGGUUUCCAAGGAAGACGAAGCGGUGGGCAGUGCCAGGGGGCCCCUCCCCGGCCAGGCCCAGCCUCUCCGUGCCCUCAGGAGCACGUCGUCGGGCCGAAGCGAGGCCCUGGCCCGCACGCCCCUGCUCUUCUCCGACCCGCUCAUGGGCUCGGCCUCCGCCUCCUCCAGCAACCCCAGCUCCAGCCCGGACGACGACAGCAGCAGUCACAGCAAAGACUCGGGCUUCACCAUCGUCAGCCCCCUGGACAUCUGAGCUCGGCUUCACGGCCUGCCUGGAGGGGAGCUGCCCCGCGGCCCCCCUGAGACUCCCCCCACCCCCACCCCACUCC